UUGGAAAAUCCUCAUCCACUAUAUGGUGAUCUGGAGCUGGGUGGACAUUCGUUAUGCCGUGGAGUUUUUGGUGAUGACGAAGAUAGUUAACUACCUGCGCGACAUAUGCAUGGAAAUAUGCGAUUGAAAGCAGUCGGGAAUACGACGGUUACUGAAAUGGGUGACAUCACUCCCCGAGGUGCUAGGCGUAUUUUGUCCUUCAUGGACAAAGUGGCUGCCACCGAAGAUCAGUUCAUGAACUUGUUCAACAACUGCCGUAAGCAGAUAUCGGAAUCGGGGAAGAAGCAGGGUGCUUUGAUCACCUGUUGCGCAGUGUAUACGUUUUCCAAGGACAUCAAGGAUAUCUCGAGUGUGGAAGCGAACGAUUAUGGAAUGGGAAAGCUGGAGCGUGCGAGAUUGGGGACUGGCGAGGAAAUUCUACCGUUGCCUGGGUGGAUGGAGAGCGGAGUGGGUCUUCGAGCAAACUUUGGUGAGAAGGUCGGCACCAAGCGAAAACAUUCCUCCGGCGAUGCCAGCAAAAAGGGCUUCGAGGUUCCCUGGACUGCCCAUAUCCGAUUGGAAAGUAUUCCGCUGGGGUGUAUAUUGGAGUCUGUUCAGUUGUCGUUCAUCAAUCCGGAUGCGGCAGGCAGUCCAGUCGUUAAGAUCGACGUGCCGGCCCAAGAUGCCUGUAAUUUGUAUUUGAUCAACGACAAGCUGAUGAAUAUUAAAGGACAAACGUACUCCGAGUGUUGUCGUGGAUUGGGCAUCUUCCGACAGGCGUUCUGCUACAUCACUCUUCGUGUGCCUCUGCGACUCUUGAUACGCGAACAACUGAAACACCUGCGGAACGGUUUUCCGGUUGCCCCAGCAAAUGCCGUGCAGAAAGAUUACUCCGGGCACGAUAACGUCACACUGGAGUGCGGAGAAUCGAGUAUCACUGUGGAGAGAGAUGUCUUGACCAACAUCUCUAAGGAAGCAAAAUCAUUUUUUGGUCCGAGAACGUAUGGAUCCAUGAGCGUGUGUUCCAUGGGUGUCAGCAAGGAAGUUGUUCUGGCUGUGCUCGGCGUACGGGAUGCACGAACUGACUACUACCCUCUGGAUCCAUACAAAAUCACACUGGACUUUCUGUAUGAACUGCUGACGCUGUCGACGGACUGGGGCGUGCGAUCGAAGCGCUGGACCCAGUUAGCGUUUUUAGAGUGUCUGUGUGCACCAGGUUUGGAUUUGCAACAGGUGCCGGUUUUGGCCGCUGUGGAAUGUCUGAAAAAAGAUUAUGAGAUAGCGAAAAAUGAAGUGGGCGCGAAAAUGGUCGCUCUGGGAUAUGCUAUGGUGCUGCGGGAUAUUAUGAUGUCUGCGGAUCGUGUGUUAGGACCGACACGUUUUCAUCUGGAGCGCAGUGUUGCGGCAAUCUUAACGGAUACAGAGCUGACUGAACCCUCGAAAAACCUUGAAAACGAGCAGCAGGAUAUCACAGUUACCAUUGUAACUUUGACGGGAACUCGAACUGUGCUUGAGGUAACCACGGGGGAUACAGUUGAAAAUUUGAAGGCUGCAUUCCAGAUGCGAGCGGGAAUGCCCGUGGACCAACAAGGUCUGAUAUUCGGUGGACAACAGCUGGAAAACUGGCAAACGCUUUCCGAUUGCGACAUUUCCCAUGGUGCUGUCAUACACUGUAUUAUGAAUCUGAGAGGUUGUUGAGAUGGACGUGUCGAGUUGUUCUAUCGUGGUUUAUAUCGGUAAAAUGCGAGUGCUGUAUCGUACUAUGUUAGUAUGCCGCGGUAAUGGAAGCACUUAUUUGUUGCUGUUUAAUGUUCUUUAUUAGGAGCCGCAUUGUAGAAUGCUAUAGCUCGUUUAGUUCGUUACGUUUUUAUACAGUACAUCUGGGUCCGUACUUAAAUGGAGCUGGUGUACAGCUGCGGUGA